CCUGUGAGAACUUGGCGAGAAUGUCUUGGGAAGAAGCUAGAGAUGCUCUGCGGAAGAUGCGAGAGGACCAGGUCCGUGAUGGACAGAGGGUGAUUCGACUUUGGAAACGCCUCGCUAACUACGCACACAAACUCGGAGAUGAAGUUUGGACGGUUCAAGAACAAGUUACAAUCGCAGCUCUGGAUUGUCAGAAUUUUGACAUAGCCAAUGAGUGUGUAGCAGCGCUUGACCUCAAGUUUCCAGAAUCGAUGAGGGUCAUGAGACUGAAGGGAAUGUACUUUGAAGCAAAGGAAAAUUAUACAAAAGCCAGUGAAAUGUAUGACCGUAUUUUGGAAGGAGACAAUACAAAUAUGUUUGCUACUAAGAGGCAGAUAGCGAUGUUAAAGGAGCGCAAUAAGGUACAUGAGGCCAUUGAAAAGCUUAACAAGUACUUAGAAACGUUUAUGACAGACUUUGAUGGUUGGCAGGAGUUAUGUGACCUGUACCUCCAGAUCCAGGACUACAGCAAGGCAGCAUUCUGCAUGGAGGAACUCAUAAUGUCAAACCCACACAACCACCUCUACCAUCAGAAAUUUGCAGAGAUCAAGUACACCCAGGGCGGCUUUGAGAAUCUGGAGAUAGCGAGGUCAUACUUUGCCCAGGCCUGCAAACUGAACCCAAACAAUAUGAGGGCACAGUUUGGGCUGCUUCUGACGUGCAGUAACUUAGCAACAGGAUAUUCCAAAACUAAGACAAGUAGUAACAGCAAGUACGCAGUGUGGGCAGCUGAACAGGUUAUGGAUAAAUACCAGGCGAGCCAGUCAAAAGAGCAGCUAAAGGAAACCAAGGUCCUGGAGUUGAUACGGAAAAUGCAGGACAACCUGUUCCCGCAGUCACAAACCUGAUAGUGUAUUAUUAGCUUAUUAGUCUAGCUUGUGUCUUGGAAUUUAUUUAUUAAAGAAUAAGGAUGACAAAAAUAUGUCAUAGUUCAGGGCUAGUGCAAGAUUAUGUACUCAAAUAAACUACACAGUUAAAUAUGUGAGCACAUCAUGGAAUACUUCCCAUUUUUACAAUUUCCUGUUUAUUUGUUUAUUGGCUCAGUGCCAUUUAGGGUCCAUUUCUAUAAUAAAACCUCCAAAACUGAACUGCAGGAUAUUCAGCUCGGAGAUCUGAUAAGACAAUUAGAUUGAGAUCAUUACACAGAGGUUGUGUACAAUACACUUUUUUUUGGGGGGGGGGGGAGUGGUCACUUAUAGAAGGACUCAACUAGGACUUUAACACAAUUUAAAAGUUAACACAAUGGCGUAUAUCAUGUUGUUUACUUAAACAAAGUUCUGAACAUUUGAGCAAAUAACUUUUGUUUAUUGUGUAUCAGAUUUAGUUGUAUAUCUGCCAUGUAGAAUAAAUCUGACAAAGUUAGAAUGGUAGGGAAUGUGCCAAAAAGGUACAUAUUUUUAUGUGUUAUGUAUGCAUAAUUUAGAAAUAUAAUAACUGUCGUAUUAUUAUACUUGUUUCAUUUUUUUAUAUUCAAGAAGUUAUGUCCAUUUUAUUGCAUGCAGCACUACUCAUGAUGAUGAAUUAUGUUGUAAUGUGAACUCACCUCAGUUGUUCAAUAAAUGAUUGGGCAUUAUAAAUGCAUCCUCAAACCUGA